AUGUCGAAUCGAAUAUCGUUAACUUUGGAAAAAAAGGUUGAACUAAUUAAAGACAAUCAAAAUGGUUAUGGUUUGUCAGUACGACAAUUGUCUGACAAGUACGGUAUAUCAAAAAGUAGUGCUGGCAACAUUCUCCAGCGACGGGAAGAAUUUCUAUCUGAUUAUACCUCCAACUGCAAUAAAGGCAUCAAGCGUAAACGCAAAGACGAUAAUGGACAAACAAUCGAUCAAAUUGUCUUCGAAUGGUUUACUCUACAACGUGCCAAACAAAUUCCUAUUUCCGGACCAAUUCUGCAAGAAAAAGCAAAACAAGUCGCUGAACAAUUAGGAUAUUCAUCAAAUACAUUCAAAGCUUCGAAUGGUUGGUUAGAAAAAUUUCGUAUUCGUCAUGCUAUCUCAUUUCGAACAAUUUCCGGCGAAAGCGCUUCCAUCGACAAUUCUACCAUUGAAGAAUGGACAAAUAGACUUUCAACAAUACUCGAUGGAUUUAAUGCAAAAGAUAUCUUCAAUGCAGAUGAAACUGCAUUAUUUUAUCGUGCAACACCUGAUCGCUCAUUGGUUUUAUCAAAAGAAGAAUGUAAAGGUGUUAAACAUAUUAUUGCUCAAUGUACUCUUGCUCGAACUGUUGAUCAAAUAUCAAUUUCUGUGUUAGAUGCAAUUAAAUGGAUCGAUUUAUCAUGGAAAAAUGUAACUGAAAUUACAAUUCAAAUUGGAUUUCGAGCUGCUGGUUUCGCUCAUCCUUCUGUUACAUCUACUUCAUCAAUAAUCAAUAUGGAUACUAUCACCAAAGCUGACCUGCACUCAAACAAUGUUAAUGAUUGUGUACAACAGCUCGAUUCUUUCUUAGGUCAUGUUCAAAUUGGCGGUCAGCAUUUAACAGCUGCCGAAUUUAUCGACAUUGAUUUAUAUAUUCCUGCUUUUAAUGAAUGGGAUGACGACGGACAUCUACAAGGUCUGGCCGAAGUUUCUCAAGAAGAAGAAGGUAACGAAGAAGAAAUAUCUGUAGUAGAAAAACCACCUAAUUUGUCUGAAGUAUUGGAAAUGAUGAGAAAGCUCCAUCUCUUUGCAUCUACUGAACAACCUCAACUGCACGGUCUUAUAUCUGAUCUGGAAUCCCAAUUAACUGACAUUUAUCUUAACUCAAAAGCGGCUAAACAAAGUUCUAUCAAAGAUUAUUUCAUGAGUUGUUGA